GGUCACGUGGCUCCGUUAAACCGGCUGGUUUUAAAGACCGAAGCUCCCCACAGCAGCUAGAAGCUCCCAGCUCAGCAUCAGCAAGCAGAACACCUUCACCUGCCGCACCGGAGGAUGGACAAGCGAGUGAACGGUAGCCUCCACCCGGAGGGAGAGACGGGACAGCCGGGCACAGGGAAGAGGAGAGGCUCAUAUCUGGAGGAGGAGACUAACAAGAAGUCGGAGGUGAUUUCCUGCAUCUUCUCCCUGAAGGAGGAGGUGGGAGCUUUGGCCAAGGCUCUGAAGCUGUUUGAGGAGAAUGGGAUCAACCUGACGCACAUCGAGUCCCGUCCGUCACGGAUGAACAAAGAAGAGUACGAGUUCUUCAUCAGCGUGGACCCCAGCUGUGCUCAGGCUCUGGAUGAAGUCAUCGAAGGCCUGCGUACUCAAAUCAGCGGCCACGUGCACGAGCUUUCACGCAACAAACAGAAGGACACGGUGCCGUGGUUCCCUAAGGACAUCCAGGACUUGGACCGCUUUGCCAAUCAGAUUCUCAGUUAUGGUUCAGAGCUGGAUGCUGAUCAUCCAGGCUUCACAGAUCCCGUGUACAGAUCCCGCAGGAAGGAGUUUGCUGACAUCGCCUACAACUACAGACAUGGUCAAGCUAUUCCCAGGGUGGAGUACACAGAAGAGGAAAAGGCUACAUGGGGCACAGUCUUCAAGGAACUAAAGACCCUGUACCCGACUCAUGCCUGUCGUGAACACAACCGGGUCUUCCCCCUGCUGGAGAAAUACUGUGGCUAUAGGCCAGAUAAUAUUCCACAGCUGGAGGACGUCUCCCGCUUCCUCCAGUCAUGCACAGGUUUCCGGCUUCGCCCAGUGGCCGGUCUGCUUUCAUCCCGGGAUUUCCUGGCUGGACUCGCCUUUCGCGUUUUCCAUUCCACGCAGUACAUUCGUCACGGCUCCAAGCCAACGUACACGCCUGAGCCGGAUGUCUGCCAUGAACUCCUGGGACACGUUCCUCUGUUUGCUGACCAUAGUUUUGCCCAGUUUUCACAGGAGAUUGGUCUUGCAUCGCUUGGUGCCCCUGAUGAGUACAUUGAGAAACUUGCCACUGUGUACUGGUUCACUGUGGAGUUUGGCCUGUGUAAGCAAGGCUCUGCGAUCAAAGCUUACGGAGCUGGCCUGCUUUCAUCAUUCGGAGAGCUGAAGUAUUGUAAAACAGACACACCCAAACUCCAGCCAUUUGACCCUGAGAAGACCAGCCUGCAGAAAUACCCGAUCACAGAGUACCAACCUGUUUACUUUGUGGCUGAGAGCUUUGAAGAUGCAAAGGAGAAAGUGAGGAAAUUUGCAGCCACUAUCCCCAGGCCUUUUUCAGUCCGCUACAACCCGUACACCCAGAGUAUUGAAGUCCUGGACAACACCCAGCAGCUUAGCAACCUGGCCGGCUGCAUCCAUAGUGAACUGGGGAAAUUGUGUGAAGCUCUGAAGAAACUGGAGUAACUGCUUGCCUCGACGUUUUGGACCUUUGUUCAGUAUUUACGUUUUAUUGGUUCAGCUUACCUUACUAGAAAAUGUUCCUUCUUCACAUUAACAGAUUAUGCCACUCAGAUUAGGAGUUUACCCGUGUAAUCCUGCCAGCAGAAAAUAUUUGUAUUUUAUUAAAUUAUCUUUAGCCUAAACAAGUUAGUAAAGUGCUUGAAAAAACUCAGUAUUUUAUCUGCUUGAAGUUACAGAAUUUAUCUUUCAAAAUAGGAUUUUUCCUUCACAAAAUAAAAUUCUCAAUUUAAAUUUUUUGAUUAGAUUUAAAUUCUAUAAACCCUAAGUAGAUCAUUUAUUUAGAAGUUUUCUUUAUUUCUAAUAAAUUCUAAUUUAUGCAUGAAGUGUAGCUAAAAAAACAGGUUUAUAUCCAAUGGAAACAGCUUUUAUUAACAUUAGCUCUUACAUAUAGCCAUUUAUUUGGAAUGUUUAAUGAAAAGAUCCUCAAGGAUGAAGAGGAUGUGCUGCUUAAGAAAAAAAAACUAUUUUAGGAGGACGUUAUUGCAGAUAUUUCUGUGUGUUUGUGUGAAUCUGUCUCAGUAAAAUGUUUAUUUUUCAUUUAACAGUUUUUACUCUGCGUGAUCCAUGCUUUGAAGUAGUUUUGUAGUUUUUGCCAGUAUGCUUGUGUUAUGACUACGUUUUACUUUCAAGGGCGAUUUUCGAUGUUUAUCUUAUUAAACGGGGAGGAAAACGCUCUCUGAAUCCAGUCACUUUUCCCUCUUUUUAUUAGAAGGGUUGAAAGUUAUGUGGUAAAAAUGGCUUAUACCGUUUUCAUACAAAAACUGUGUUUUUCUAUUUUCUUGGUUAAGAAUGAUUUCUGGUGAAAAGUGGAUCAUGCAAAAAUCAACUAUUCUGAUGUAUUUGGUAACAAUCCAUCAUGUGUUCAUUUAUCAAAUGAAAUUUUUACAAUUGGCAUUUACAAUUGUUUGGAUUUGAAACUUUCAGAGGUUUUCUUCUUUUGCUUGAAAUAGCAUUUGUGUUCACCAGUGUGGUGUUGGGCGUUUAAAGGGUGCAGAUCAUUUGUUUAAUAAAAAGAAACCUGUUUUGCAA